UCCCCUCCCCCACCCCACCUCUUAGGGCAACUUUUCGCCCUCAAACUUUCCCGCGCGCGGACUCUUUUUUUUUUCCUUUUCUCCCGCUUCGCUCCGCCCACUCUUGUUUUUCCGGCGGAGGGAGACGGGGAGGAAAAAAAAAAGCUCCUGCGCGCGACGUCCCUAUAUAAAUAGCUGCGCCGCGCGGAAGUUUCGCCAGUCGCGCCCGGACGCCGGUGGGGAAAGGUUGGCCUUUUACGCUCGGAGGACGCGAGGGGCGGCCUAAGGCGGAGGACUCGUCCCGCCGCUCCUUCUCCUCGGCAAUACUUGCAGCUUUCCCCCUCGUUUUCGGCCUCGGCCGAUUCUUCCAGGAAGGGCCGCCUGCCCCCCCCCUAAAACCGGGGUAGAGGUGGGGGGGCCAGGAUGUAAGAGGGUGAUGCGCAGGGACCCCUGUGGGGGUGAACUCCCUCACCCAUUUCCCCCCCCCUUAAUUCUCAGGCCAGAUAUCGCUUUUGAGGAAUAUUUUCGUUUCUUUCCACCCUUACAAACGAUCCUAAUUCCCCUUUUAUCGCCUCCCUUCGCAAAAGAAAAAAAAAUAUAAUCCUUUUGCUCUCUUCCCCCCCCCCCGUAUCUUAAUCUCUCCUGUAUUAACGGGUUUUUUUUCCCCGCGAUCUGUCCUCUUUCCCCUCCUCGGGGCAACUGUCAUUGCCUCCUUUUUAUUCCAUUCCCACUCCCCCCCCCAAAAAAAACCCUCCAGGCAUUGUCAUAACUAGCUUGGGACUCCCCCCCCCCUCCCAACCCGUAUUUUAAGGGAGCUUUGGAUGACAGCAAAUCUGCUUUUUGCUCCUAUAUGGCUUUUUAUGGGCUUCCUUACUCGUAAAUCCCACUCCCCACCUUUAAAAAUAAAAAUUAAAAAUAAGGUGGGCUUUAUGCUUCUUCAUUCCCUUCCAAGGCUAGGAAUUUAGGUUUUAGUCCAUCGUCCCUCAGCCUGAAAUUACCUUUGAAUGCUUGCCUGUUAAAGGGGCCACUUCUUGCCUCUUGCCUUUCCCAAAGAGGCUUCACCCUUCUCCCCAUCUUUUCCUCUUCCCCCCCCCCAUGCCAGCAAACACCCCCUGCCUAUGGGAAGCUGGCUGGUGCCCCCCAACCACCUGCCGCAGGUCAACAGCAGCAGCAGCGUCAUGCCAGCAGGUGCCCCCUUUCUUUGGGGGUGGCCAGGACGCAGGCAGAGCCAGCCUCCUUGCCUCUCCUCCCCCAGCCUGCUGAUGUGAGCUUCAGCUUGCCCUUCCCUUUCUGCUCGUCCUCCUCCUCCCUGCAUUGUCCCCCACCCCUCAAGCUUCAUGCCCCCCUGAAGAACAUGGAGGUGGUGGGCGAUUUUGAAUACAGCAAGAAAGACCUGAUUGGGCAUGGAGCUUUUGCCGUGGUCUUCAAGGGUCGGCACCGCAAGAAAACGGACUGGGAAGUGGCUAUAAAAAGCAUUAACAAAAAGAACUUGUCGAAGUCACAGCUCCUGCUUGGGAAGGAGAUAAAAAUUUUGAAGGAACUACAGCACGAAAACAUUGUGGCCCUGUAUGAUGUCCAGGAAAUGCCCAAUUCUGUCUUUCUCGUAAUGGAGUAUUGCAAUGGUGGAGACCUGGCGGAUUACUUGCAAGCGAAAGGAACGCUUAGCGAGGACACGAUCCGGGUCUUCCUGCAGCAGAUCGCGGCUGCCAUGCGCGUUCUGCACGGCAAAGGCAUCAUCCACAGGGACCUGAAGCCCCAGAACAUCCUGCUGUCGUACGCCAGUCGCAGGAAGUCCAACGUCAGCGGCAUCCGCGUCAAGAUAGCUGACUUUGGCUUCGCCCGCUAUCUCCAGAGCAACAUGAUGGCAGCCACCCUCUGCGGCUCCCCGAUGUAUAUGGCACCGGAAGUGAUCAUGUCCCAACAUUAUGAUGCGAAAGCCGACCUGUGGAGUAUAGGCACGGUCAUCUACCAGUGUCUGGUUGGGAAGCCACCCUUUCAGGCAAAUAGUCCUCAGGAUCUGCGCAUGUUUUACGAGAAGAACAGAAACCUCAUCCCGAGUAUCCCCAGGGAGACGUCGGCAUACUUGUCCGAUUUGCUUCUGAGCUUGCUUCAAAGAAACCAGAAAGACAGGAUGGACUUUGAAACUUUCUUCAGUCACCCGUUCCUGGAUCAAGUUUCGACGGUCAAAAAAUCUUGUCCCGUACCUGUUCCAGCACCGGCUGGGUCCGUCUCUGCAGGAUCCUGUGGCAGUUCUCCCUCCUGUCGAUUUGCUUCUCCCCCGUCCCUUCCAGAUAUGCAGCACAUCCAAGAAGACAACCUGUCUUCACCUCCCUUGGGGCCUCCGAAUUACCUUCAGGUAUCCAAAGAUUCUGCCAGCACCAGUAGCAAGAAUUCCUCCUGUGACACGGAUGACUUUGUCCUGGUCCCGCACAACAUCUCCUCCGAUCAGUCGUACGAUCUGCCCCUGGCAACCGUGGGCCGGAGAGCCUCAAGCGAGUUCCUGAUCUGCGGAGGGCAGUGCCAGCCUUCCGUCUCCCCCCGGAGCGAAACGGUGCCCAUCCCGGUCCCAACUCAGCUGCGGAACUACCAGCUCAUAGAGCAGAACCUGACGUCGGCCACCAGCCCGGGAUCCAAUCCCCACGGGUCACCAAGAUCCGGGGCGGUGCGGCGGUCAAAUACCAGCCCUUUGGGCUUCCUCAAGACCGGCUCCAGCUCCCCGGUGCCAGCUGACACUGCCCAGACUGUUGGGAGGAGGCUGUCCACUGGCUCUUCGAGGCCGUAUUCCCCUUCGCCACUAGUUGGUACCAUACCUGAACAACUUGGCCAUUGCUGUUGCGGGCAGCUGCAAGGGCACGAAAUCAGGGGCCGAAGUUCUUCAGGUUCCUCAGCAAUACAGUCCCAGUCUCCACAGUCCCUCCUGUUGACAGGAGCUCGACUGCAAAGCACGCCCACCCUGACGGACAUUUACCAGAACAAGCAGAAGCUUCGGAAACAGCAUUCAGAUCCCGUCUGCCCGUCCUACACGGGCUGCAGCUAUGGCCAUUCACCCCAACCCCCACGGCCGGUCAGCCUGGGGACGUCGCCCACCAAACACAUGGGGUCGUCUCCACGCAGCUCGGACUGGCCCUUCAAAACGCCCCUGCCCACCAUCAUUGGAUCUCCCACCAAGGCAACGGCUCCUUUCAAAAUCCCCAAGACCCAAGCGUCUUCCAACUUGGUGGGCCUGGUCAGUCGGCAGGGGACCCCGGACCUUUUGCUACCGCAGCCGAAGGAGAUGGGGCAGACCAGAGAGCUCACAGCUUUCCACUGCACACAGAGCAGCGAGAAGCAGGCAAGAGAUCAACAUGGCAAGAUGAUCUUUGGCAGGUCCGUAAGCACCAGCAAGCUGUCAGACCCACCAGCAAAGACUACCCUUAGCAGCCAGCUCUACCAGGGCAGCAGCACUGACAGCCUUAAUACCGAACGGCCCAUGGACACAGCUCCCCCGGGGGCCUGUGGCACUACCGGAGGACCUCCAUCCAUGCCAGUUGGAGCCAGUUCCAGGGCAGUGAUGUUCACUGUGGGAUCCCCUCCGAACAGCGCCACCCCUCCCACGUGCACCCACAUGGUUCUGCGAGCUCGGACAAUGUCAGUUGGCUCUAACAGCUCGGGAGGCUCCCUCUGUUCUACCAGUGGCCGGGUCCUGAUGGGCUCUCCGCCCGGAGUUUAUAUGGGCUCCUCUCCUCCCGGCGCUGAGCCGGCACCUUGCUUGAAGUACCUGCCGUACGGUGCCUCCCCUCCCAGCUUUGAAGCUCCCGAACUGCCGGAAGAAACUUUGAUGGAGAGAGAGCACACCGACACGCUGCGCCACUUGAAUUUGAUGCUGGCCUUCACGGAGUGCGUGCUGGACCUGACGGCUAUUCGCAGUGGCACCCCAGAGCUCUGCAGCUCCGCCGUGUCCCUCUACCAGAUCCAGGAGAGCAUCGUGGUGGAUCAGAUCAGCCAGCUGAGCAAAGACUGGGGGCAAGUUGAGCAGCUGGUUCUGUACAUGAAGGCAGCCCAGCUCCUGGCCUCCUCCUUACAUCUGGCCAAAGCCCAGAUCAAGUCAGCUAAGCUGAAUCUCUCGACCGCGGUGAAGCAAGUUGUCAAAAAUCUGAAUGAGAGGUACAAAUUCUGCAUUGCCAUGUGCAAGAAGCUGACCGAAAAGCUGAACCAGUUUUUCUCAGAUAAGCAGCGUUUUGUCGAUGAAAUCAACAGCGUCACCGCCGAAAAGCUCAUCUACAAUUGUGCCGUGGAAAUGGUCCAAGCAGCAGCCUUGGAUGAGAUGUUUCAGCAGACUGAAGACAUUGCUUACCGGUACCACAAAGCCGCAUUGCUGUUGGAAGGCCUAGCGAAGAUUUUGCAGGACCCAGCUGACAUUGACAACAUAAAUCGCUAUAAAGCUAAUAUUGAAAGAAGACUGUCUGCUCUUUGUUGCAACGCCGUCGCUGUCUACGAAUAGAAAACCCCUCUUUGCCCUACUCCCCGGGACCACUCAGCGUAGCCAGAAAUCUUCUCAUUUCCCAUCCCAAAGGAAAGCUGGCUUAUAUCAAAGGAGAGAAGAAAAAACAAUUCACGAAACAGGGGGGAAAAAUGCAAAUAAUGUUGGGAGGAAAAAAAAUUGUCCUUGGACAAGCAUUGUGCCCAUCUUUCCUUUCACAGCCAGACGGGCGAAGACUAUUUAUACGAUCUCCACCGCCGUUUUUGAUCUUGGCAUGGAAACGCUUCCCCGUCUUCGUAGAUUACAAGAGGACGGAGGAAGGAUCCUUCUGCAGGAUUCGCCCCCCUCCCCCCAAAUUUGGUUCCUGCCUUUGGGAAACGGGUGGACGUCUACUUCGUGGGACAAAACUGAAUGAAGGCGACCCUUCGUUCGGGCUGGACUUCCGUUCUGGGAAGCACGGGCGGCAAAGAUCCCUCCACCUCAAGCCGUCGGGAACCCGGAUUAAUUUUGCAAAAAAUAUAUAUAUAUGCACAUGUAUUAAAUAACCGAAAAGGAAAAGGACAGACUUUUAUUGAAUCGAACCUUUAGCAACCGUAGACGCACGACCUUGAUGAUCUUCCCGAUCCCUCUCGCCCAAAUACUUUAUAUUGCACUAAUUUACUAAACUGUGUUAUCAGUGGGGUGUUUUUAUAUAUAUAUAUAUAUAUAAUUAAAAAAAAAACAAUUACAGAAAAGGCACAACUAUCCAUUCUUCCUGGCGGGGCAGAGACUGCCCCGCCAGGAAGAAUGGAUUAUUGACUCGUUGAGAUGCAGGAGAAGAAAGAACGUCGUCUCGUCCCCCCCCCCCCCAAAAAAAAAACCCUCCUGAAUUUUUUUCAACCUGCAGCUUCGUUAGGAGACGUUUCGAAGUCGUGUAGAUGUGUCGUAAGGUGAAUUCUUUCAUUUUUUUUUUAAUAGCCUUUUAUCUAAUACUUGAGUAAUCGUCUGGAGUGGUGUUUCUCAAUCGUCUCGACUUUGAAAAGAGGUGGGGACUUCAACUCCCAGAAUUCUCCAGCUAGCUGUAGCUGGCUGGGGAAUUCUGGGAGUUGAAGUCUUUACACGUCUUAGCAUGGCUGAGAUGGAGAAAAACUCACUUUGGGUAACAUUCUGACAUGGUUUCCUGCCCUGUCCUAUAUAUCAAGGCUUGCUUGAUUGCUUAAUUCUUCGGUUGCAUGCCACGUUGUGUCCCUCCUUAAACCAGAGGUCAAAAAAAAAAAUUAGACACAGCUGCCACAGCUGGUUGGAACAGGGUGUUUUUUGUAGCAGAAGUUUUUUUUUAAAAAAAGAUAAAAAAAAAUAGCAAAGCAUUAAGAAAUAAUUAUAAUCAGGUUUAUUUGGAGCAGCUUUUGAGGAGUUCUCGUCUUCCCUCCCCUAUCCUUUGUUCAACUUGAAAAGUUCUUUUUGAGAAAUCCAAAAUUUCAUAGCUAGUCCCCUCUUUAGCUUCUAAGAGGUUUUCUUAACUGCCAUCAUCAUUUGAAAGGCGGAAAAAUAAUAGCUUGUUUAUAACGGGAUCAUUUCAAUCUUUUUUUUUUUUUUUUUUUAAAGUCAAACCUCUCUGGAUGGACGUUGAUGGGCAUUUCAGCCUCAUCCACUUUUACGGAGCGUGAAGAAAAUGUGUUUUGUGUGUGCGUGUUUUUCCUCUCCUUUUUCCCUCCCCCCCCCAAUACUUUUAUUUAUCAGCACAAGCAAUUUUGGAAGUUGAUUUUGAAAGUGUUUUUUUUUCUUUUUCUUUUUAAUUUAUACGACGUUUGUAUUUUUAGAUCUUUAAUACCGUGUUUCUACUACUACCUCUCCUUUGUAACUGCAUGCGUUUACUUCUCAACCCGUAGUGUAACAACUGAAGAGAGAAACCCUGUUGAUAACUUUUAUUAUGGCCUGUAUAAAUGUAUAUUAAAGUUCAAAAACAAACAAACGAGCGAAACAAUAAUAAACUGACACUCAGAUGUUCCUA